UUUUUAAUAGUUCCAUAUGGGGACUCCACACAGCAAGCCAACGAAACAGACGACCUCAUCACAUGUACCUCCAGGUAUAUGUUCACCUAUAAAUUGUGCCACACAAGUCAAACACCAUCCCAGGAGACUGAAUGUUUUGCAGGCCCGAUGGAGGGGACAAAUGUUGACGCCUCCAACGAAGGGAGUAUACCCGUAGCCGACGAUGUUGACAGAAUUUACCCACGUAGUCCAGGAGUCCAUAUUACUCCCUCCGAAUGGAUGAUACUUGAACAGACCGAUGGUGAUAGCACAUAUGAUACACCAGGCCCGAUGGAGGGGACAAAUGUUGACGACUCUAACAAAGGGGGUAUACAUGUAGCCGACGAUGUUCACAAGAUUUACCCAAUUAGUCCAGGUAUUAAGGCUGUGCGUAUAUACAGAGCUUACUUUUAUGCUUUUUAUGUGAUAAAUCGUACCUAACAGACUUGGGCACAACCGAUUUCUAAUGGAUCAAGCGUGUGACUUGUAGGAGUCCAUAUUACUCCCUCGGGAUGGAUGAUACUUGAACAGACCGAUUGUGAAAGGACAUAUGUUCAUCAACCUUCCCAUCUGAUUACGGAUUCGUUGCCGGCUCUCAGUAAUCUGACAAAAGAACUAGCUGGCAUGCAACGUGAUAACGAGGAAAAGAGGUCGCAGAAUGUUCCACGCCAUCCUCUCAGUGAUAUCACUAAUGCUUAUCAACCAUCCUCUAUGGACCUUGACGAAAAAAGAGAGCUGAUAAAAGCUCGGAGGCGAGCUGCUUAUCGAAAGAAGAAAGAGGAGGCUACCGUCAAGCAACAAGAUGAAAAUCUGUCUGCCCUUAUGAUAUCAGCAGAUGUGCAAAAUGUUACCCUGUCCCCUCUCGGUGAUAUCGCUAAUGGGUGUCAACCUACCUCGGUGGACCUUGACGAGAAAAAAGAGCAAAUAAAUGCUCGGAGGCGAGCUGCUUAUCGAAAGAAGAAAGAGGAGGCAACCGUCAAGCAACAAGAUGGAAAUUUGUCUUCCCUUACGAUAUCAGAUAUGCAAAAUGUACCCCUGUUACCUCUCGAUGAUAUCACUAAUGGGUGUCAACCAACCUCGGUGGACCUUGACGAGAAAAAAGAGCAAAUAAAGGCUCGGAGGCGAGCUGCUUAUCGAAAGAAAAAAGAGGAGGCAGCCAGCAAGCAACAAGAUGAAAAUCUGGCUGCCCUUACGAUAUCAGAUAUGCAAAAUGUUCCCCUGUUACCUCUCGGUGAUAUCACUAAUGGGCGUCAACCAACCUCAGUGGACCUUGACGAGAAAAAAGAGCAAAUAAAGGCUCGGAGGCGAGCUGCUUAUCGAAAGAAAAAAGAGGAGGCAGCCAGCAAGCAACAAGACGAAAAUGUGCCUGCCCUUACGAAAUCAGCCAACCCAACAACGUCUAGCUAUACAUCAUGGUCAUAUGAUGAUGCCCCAUUGCCUCCUUCAACUGCAUCUGGUGUCAUUCAUGAUAAAAAACAAGCUAGGCGUCAAAAUGAUAAAGAACGCAAGCGUAACUUAAGGUUAAGGGAUGGGCAAAGGGAGCAGGAAAACGCGCAGAGGCGAGCAGAUUAUCGGAAGAAUUUGGAUAACGGAACGAUCGAUCUUCAACAAAAAAAUCAAAAUCAAAGAGAAUGGCGCAUGCAACACCGAGAAAGCAUGACUUCUGAUGAGAAGGGCGAGUCGAGUGCUCAGAGAAAGGCAAAGUAUGCUGCAAAGAAAAACACUCUGUGUGCUGAAUCGAUCGCAUUGCCGCGUCCAGAUCUAACUAGCACAAUGUCUGACUCUCACGCAGCACCUGACUUUCGGUCCACAUCUGUGUGUCUAGAUGGGGGCCCUGCAAUGAGUAUGCCGACGUACCCUGUCGGUACCGAUGGCAUCAUGCGCGAGGAUCGUGCUCCUACCAUCAAGGCAGCCCCCACAUACAUUCGCAACAUCGAAACCGAUGGUGCCUAUCUAAGCAGAACCUUAGGUGAUGGUGUUGUAGAUGGCAACCUCAGCAAAAUCAAUGAGCACCUAACAAGUGCCGACCAUCAAACCAGUGAUCCGCUAACAAUAGCGGAUAAUGGAGCAUACCAGCAGAGGCAUGAGUCCAGAGCUCAGCCUAGGACGAGAGAGCGAUCUUGCAAGGGAAGUAUGGCGGCAAAGAAGCGUCAGGAGAAAAUUGGCAAGCGGAAAUCAUCUACGAAGGUGCCACGUGGUGAGAGGAAUGCUCUGCUAGAUCGUCGUAAUGAAAGCUUUGCAGGUAGGGUGAAGACCCCAACCGUCAGGUCCAUCUCCAUACCGGAAAUGAGCUCAACUGGACAAUCUACCGUAGUUGAAGCACACGGUGCCUCAACCUCAUCUAGCACGCCGGAGUACACAAUCAGAAGUGAAGACGACAUGGACGCUUACCUUAGUCGUCUCAUGAAUGAUAAUGUCAACCCUGACAACCUCUUUGACGAUGAGUAUUACCUGUUUGCUGGUGAAGGCUCAGAUGCUGAUGACAUGGAGCACGACGAAUUGGAAGACUCAAGUCACAAUACCUAUGUCGACCAUGAUCCGUUGGACUAUGUCUACUCAAACCUCCCAGACCACACACAUCUUGAAGCACGCCGCGAACUGCGAUCACUGCAAGGCCAAGAAGUUUGUGUCUGAGGCCCCGGGAUUCUGCUGUCGCAGUGGGCAGAUCGAGCUGAA